UCAGAGAGGAAACUGACUUCAUGCUCACAUGUAGAGUAGUGAUUGUUAGAUGUUAUCAUAAAAUCUAUGUUGGUAAUGCUUCUGUUUAGAUAUUUUCAUUUUUUAAUGCUGUCGGUAUUUCAACAUUAUCUGCAUGAUUUGGAGAGCUGUCCUGCUUUGGAUGGAGAACCAAACAACUCCUCUCAAACAGCCGAUUGUUUUUGACCUUGAAGGCUUUGAUGUACAGCCAGGCAAUGGAACCUUCUUGUUUCUGCUGGCUUUGCUUGCCUACAUAGUGGUGCUGCUGGGGAACGGUGUGGUGAUCUGUGUUAUUAUGACAGACAGGAACCUGCAUAGACCCAUGUUUGUCAUGAUCUGUCACCUGGUGGUCUGUGAUCUGCUGGGUGCCACAAUGGUGCUUCCUCGUCUCAUGAUGAAUUUGUUAAUGGGGAUAAAGAAGAUUGCCUACAUCUCAGCCAUCGCUCAGGCCUUUUGUGCUCACACAUACGGUGCAGCAAUGCUGACUAUUUUAAGUGUGAUGGCCUAUGACAGGUAUAUUGCAGUGUGUGAGCCUCUGAGGUAUCUCUCCAUCAUGACAUCAGCUCGACUGCACUGCUGCUGCACUCUGGCCUGGAUUGUUGCCCUGUUGCUUAUUUCUGUGCUCUUCUCCUUCCACAUGAACGUCCCGCUGUGUGGCAGAACGAUCAAUCAACUAUAUUGUAGCAACCGGGGUAUCCUAAACCUGGCCUGCAUUCCCACUCCUGUCAGUAAUAUCUAUGGUUUAGCCAUGACCUGGUCUUUAAGUACAGUGACCUUUAUUCUCAUCGCUUUUUCCUACAUCAGAAUCCUAAGUGUUGCCAUAAAACAAGGAAGAACAGACACCAGCCUCCGUAUCAAAGCCUUUCAGACCUGUGCUCCACACAUUGUUGUAUACGUGCUCUUUCAAAUCGCUUCAUUGAUUGUGAUUGUGAGUUACCGUUUCCCCUCCCUUUCCCAAAAUAUUAAGAAGUUCUUCAGCAUCCUCAUCUUCAUCAUUCCCCCAAUCAUGAACCCCAUCAUCUACGGACUGGUCAGUAAAGACUUGAGGGUCAGCUUCAUCAAACAUUUCUCUAAUCGAUUGACAACAUUACCUAGUCGUGCUGUAGCUGGUGUUAUUAGAUAGUUUAAGUCCUGUGGUGGAACUGAAGCUUAUCCUAGAUGCUAAAGCGAGUAUAUAAAGACUCAUGUUUAAAUAGGACACAGUUCAGUUGGCGUCUGUGAAACUAGAAUUCACAGACACUGGGGUGAAGCUAUUUCAGAACUGGACAGCUUAAUCCAGGGCUGUUAAGGAGCUAAGGCAUUAAAACAAUAAUUAUCACUGUCUUUUUGUAAUGCAUGUGCACUCAGGCCUUCACAGUCACAUCCCACAGACAACCCCAGAGAUUCUUGCUUAGCUUCCCUGUACCUUAUCCAUAGCUGGAAGAAUCCCUGCCCCUUUUAUCAUCACACGGUAAACCUUCAGUCCAGAACUCAGAACGAUAUGAAUAAUGAUAGCAGUGAUUGUUCAAAUGCACACUCAAAAAAUCGUCUUCAGCCAAAAAACAAAGAACACAAAGAUACCGAAGCAGAUUAUAAGAAUGAACAUUUUCCAUUCAUUUAAAUGUCUAUCUCAGAUGUAAUGAUCAAAUUGUACUUUUAUGAUCUUAAGUUUUCAUUAAGACCACUUAUGACCUUGAUCACAACAUAGACACACAGCUUUGAACCAGUAGUUUCAUGCAGACUAAUACUCAGUUGCUGUUUUAUUUUAGAACUUCUUUGUCACUUCUGUUUGUCCUUUUUAAAUAACAUAUAUCAUUUUGUCAUUAAUUGUUGUUGUUAAAUCAUUACAAUGUAGUCCUAAAUUUGUAAGACAGGAUAAGAUGCAGUGAUGUUACAUUAAAACUAGCCC